UUAACAGCCAGCACGAGCAAACACCCUGCUUGGUGAUCACUGAAGAUUUUCGCAGUAUGGCAAACCACAAAAAGAACCGGGCUCUUCUCAUUGUCAAUUACAAUUUCUAUAGAAGUCCGGAGCUCAGGGCUAGACCAGGCGCAGAGAAGGAAGCAAAGAGGCUUUUCAAAGCCCUCUCAGCCUGCAAUUACGCUGUGCAAUUGCACUAUGACUUAACAGCUGAGGAAAUACAAGAACUCUACGAGAAAGAAGGUGAUGCCGAUCAUGGGGACUACUUCGUAAGCAUCCUAUCCAGCCAUGGCGAGGAAGGGGCCAUAUUUGAUUGCGAUGGACAACCAGUUCAGCUAACACAGAUUUUCCAUGCACUGUCUCCACAGAGGUGCCCCAAACUGGCUGGAAAACCCAAAAUCCUCUUCAUACAGGCCUGCCGUGGAAAGGAAAUUGAUCCAGGCGUGUGGAUUCAGACGGACAGCGGUGAGCUGCAAACAGACAGCAGUGAACCACAGACAGACUGUUUCUCACACUACCUUUCCAUCCCAGAAGAUACUGCAGUAAUGUUUUCUUGUAGUCCAGGCUAUGCAUCUUUCAUCAAUCAAUGGGAAUCUAUGUUCCUCAAAGCUUUACUGGAGUUACUGGAAGGAAAGGAACGUGAACUCGAACUUGCCCGUUUAAUGACCUGGAUUAACUGGAGAGUUGCAUUUCAUUUUCAGGCAAAGGGAAAAUACAGCGGUGGUAAAGAGAUGCCUUGCUUUGUCACUAAUAUGGUGAAAGAGGUUUAUCCCUUCUCUUUGGAAAGGAGGCUACCUCUAGACAGUAGCUGAUCUUGCAGGAAAGAAGCACGAACGUGGUUCUUAGGACCUUACUCAAGAACAGCGGAAGCAAAGCGGACGGACUGUCAGAAAUCAGACAAGGGAAGCUUUUCCCAUCACUUUCUCCUCAUGCCAAAGACACAUCUGUUGAAUUUCUAGAUGUCAUGCAACUGACAUUGCAGGAAAAAGUGAGCAUUCUAAAUUAGGAUGGGAGAGACCCAGCUCCUUUAUAUCAUCCUUCUUCCUGAAGCUUCACACAAUUCCCCUUUCCUUCCUUCUCAUACUUAAUUAUCUUUCUGAGUAUUCAAGUAGUAUAAACACACCCUAAUCAGAGCAACAGAAGAAAUAAAAUUGAGUCAUACAACUUUAAACAAAUUAAAAAUGGGACCCCUUUUUCAGGUUGGGGCUCAAGGUGAGUUUUGGGUAUAGAAAGGGUAAAGACUGCUGAUCAAUACAACAAAUUGUGGGAUUUAUUUUUUUUAUCCCCUCAGUCAAAACAGACUUUCUUGUGUGGGCUGACUGUUAAUGGCUGGGAAUAAAGAAGUCAGGCAAUUGCAAUCAACCAGCUGUAGCGAUGAUGUCAUAUUUAAUUAUAUAUUCUGGUUUCAUUGUGCUAUAUUUUAAAACUGUUAUAACUUGGCCAAGUUCUAGGAAAAGUGGAAAUGAAAUGGGGCGUGAAUGCAUGCAUAUGUGUAUACAUAAAACAUUUAUUUAAAGGUCAUCUUAAAACCCCUUGGCUAAAAUGUUACAUCUUGAGUAUCUGAGCUGUGGCAAACAUCCAUUCUUACCCUUGUCUGUCACCCUCUCAUCGUGGUCUAAGUAUACAAAUCUACCUCCACGAAAUAUGGUAAAGCACCCAACAUGUAGAUAGCACUUUCAAUGUUUUGCUGUGUAAAUAAAUGGUGUUAUUUUGUUUCUGGUGGUUAAUGUGGCGUUUUGAAUAUGUGUUGCUACAGUAUAAUAUGCAGACUUCUAAAGGAUGAAGGAGAGGGGCUAGAUGGGUGAAUGAAGUGUGCUGAGAUUGGAUGGUACCUGUACCCUAGGGGGAAGAGUGAACCACAGAUCAAUUAGAGCACUGAAAGAAAGUGUUCAGAGUCAGUCAGUAAAGUUCACUCAGUCUGUGUGGAAGUCUGUGUCUAUGUGGGUGAAAGGAGAGAGAUAUUCUGUGAGUGAAAUUCUGAGAGAAGAAGUCUGUAUGUUUUUACUUGGUGGAUGAAAUCAGCCUGUGUGUACUUCUGGCAACUCAAAGAGAACUCCAUGAUCGUCGUCGUCCUUCUGUGCAGCCCCACAUUGGGACUGCGCAGGCGCAGGCCAAAUGUGUGUCUGCACAGAAGAGACUCGACGAUCAACAGUUACAGGUGAGAAACCCUGUUUUUCUUCUCUUCUGGGGAUAUUUUAGCUUACGAGGUAACUGGGUGGAAAAUUAGUCUUUGUAACUGGGUCUGUGGAGAAACAUAUAAAGACGUAUACCUAUUUCAAAACCACUACGCUUAUAAUCUAUUCUGAAACCAAUAUGCUUAUGAAUUAUCCUGAAACCAUUAUGCGUAUCUACUUAUAAAACAACUGUAUU